AUGAAUGAAUUCAAUGUUCAACCAUUUAGCGUACAUUUGGGCGACAUCAAUAAAUACCCAAUUAACUCUGAGUAUCACAAUUGUUCAUCUGGAUCAUUAAAUUUAAAUUGGUCCGAAAAAUCAAUAAAUGAGUUAUAUGAACGUAAAACAGGAAUGGACCCAGUGAUACAGCCUUACUUAGAACAAACACAAUUUCAGCAAUCAAUAAAAAAUCAUUCCAAUGAGUCAACAUUAUUAGACAAUAAUAUUCAUACUGAGAAUUUACAUUUUAUAGAUUUCAAUCAAACAGAUUUACAGCCUGAUUCAACUGUUACAGCACCAAUGUCAAAUAAUGAUUUUAUCUUUAAGGAAGAACGUAAAAGGAAAUUCAUGAAAAGACAUUUAAAAUCUCCAAUAUGUCAAAAAUCUAUUGAAUAUAUGGAUAGCAAUAGUAAUUCUUGUGUCAAUAUUAUUAAUAAUAAUAAUAAUCACCAUAAUAUUAUCACACCGCCAGCGUUAAAUAAUCAGUCAAUAAUCAAAAAUGGACAAAUCAAUAAUCAUGUGACUACUACAAAUGUCGUAGACGUUUCAUUUAAAGAACCAAUAACUUUUCCUGUAUCAUCAACAACAAUGUCAUCAGCAUCAUCAAUAACAUCAUCAAUAUCAUCAUCAUCAACGUCAUCCACGGUGGUGGUUGUUAGUUCAACAAAUAAACGAGCUAGAUCAGCCUAUACAAAUGUACAAUUAGUUGAAUUAGAAAAAGAAUUUCAUUAUUCCAAUUAUUUAGGUCAACCAAGACGAUUAGAAUUAGCUGAUCAACUUGGCUUAACUGAACGUCAAAUUAAAAUUUGGUUUCAAAACAGACGAAUGAAACAGAAAAAAGAAUGUAAAGAUAAUGAAAAAGUCAAAUAUGAUUUUCAUUAUCCAUAUUAUGAAAAUUCUCAAUUCUGGUGUCCUAAUCAUUCAAUCAAUGGUAAUCAACAAGAAUCAUUUAAUUAUUAUCAAACAACACAAUCGAAAUCAGCUAUUAAUCCAUACAAUUUAACAAACAACUUUUUAACCACUUUAUCUUCUUCAGUGUAUAUACCGACUUUUAACAAUUCAACUAAUUAUAAUACUAUAAACAAUAUCAAUAAUUCAAUAGAUUUAGAAGUAUCUGAGAGUAGUAAUAUUAAACAUAUAUUGAAUGGUUAUCAUACAAAAGAAACAAGUAUGUAUAAUAAUAAUAAUAAUAAUAAUAAUAAUAAUUCUAUAAAAGAUUGGUCAAUGUCCUUCACAUCGAAUGAAGAAUUAUCAGAUAGAAAUGAUUAUCCAAUAUUUAAAAAUUCAUAUUUUCCAUCUUAUAUUUCUUCAUAUAAUGAUUCAUCUUCUUUAAUAUCUCAUUAUCACCGAUUACCAGCAGAUAAUAUGGAGCAUUCUGUUGAUUUCAAUAGAAAUGAAGUUAAUCAUAUAGAGAUUGGUAUAGUGAAAGAAACUAAUUGUAAACAAGCAUUCAUUCCCAAUUAUCAUUCUCAAAAUGAACUAACCAGUCAACUAAAAACUUACUUUGAACCAACAACUACUAACUGUCAACAUCAAAGAACAUCUCAGUCAACAGCAUAUCAGUGUUGUCAGCAUAAUUUGAAUCAUUAUUAA